AUAUCAGUAAUAAAAGUUAGAUAAUGUGGCUGAUAUAAAAUUUUCCGGAUGUUACCAGGUAAACCUUAGUCGCAUCCCAGUUUUGAUUCAGUUUCUGUUUUGUACUGUAGCGAUACAUGGCAUAGCGCAAAUUACAAACAUGAGAAAAAUCAGCCGAGUGAGACGAUCUGGAAUUAUCGAUCGUAUUUUGCAGAUUUUCCUGACACUGACUGUUGUAACAACAGCAAUCGUGAAUCUGGUAUAUUUCUCAAACAUGAAAAAGGUUGACUCAAAGCAAGGCACUGUGUUCUCAGAUGAACUAAUUCGCGUCCAAGAUUCAGGCCAUGAGAAGAUCGACUUUGACACCCAAGUGAAAAUAUCAGAGGCUGAUGUUUUAGAUACAAGCCUUGAUGUCAAAAAGAGGGUGCUGCUAACUGCCCAGUCAGGCAAGCAACAUGCCUUCAUUUCAAUUGAUGAUGCAGUUGUUUAUGAGAAAAAAGAGGGCAACAGAGGAAUGCAUAUAAUUGUACUUAGCCAGCAUACGGGGAGUGUUAUGGCAUCUCGUGUUUUUGACACUUAUCUUGCAUCAUACGACAAAGAGAUCAGCGAGUUUCUCUCAUUUGUUUCUCAAGGCAGAGUGAUUGUCUUCCUGACGUUGGAUGAAGCAAGUUUUUCCUUGAAGCAGCAUGCAAGAGAGGUCAUUGCUAGUUAUGGUAGUAAACAUAUAAAGAAAAUUUAUAUCAGGGAUGCUUGGGUUUUCAUCACAGUAAAAGGGGAUAAGCCACUGACAGAAAAAUUUAGCUUGACAACAAGAAGGGGCGGUGUAAUUAGCGACGUUUGGCCUCCUCCAGCCACUGCUCAUGUUUAUUUGCAAUUGGUUCCAAAAGUGAAUGAAUGUAAUUUUGGAUUUGGAGAAGAAGCUGAAAGAAGAAGAAAUUUUUGUAGCAGCCAUGAUGCUUACGGCAAGAUCUGUAAUUGUUCUCACCCAGAGCCAAUUUAUUUCAGUCCCAAGCCUCUUAAAGGUAGCAACAUUACAGAUAUACCAAUAGUAAUUAUGGCUGCGGAGAGGCCGUUCUAUCUGCAUCGCAUGUUAGAUGUUUUCUUGAGGGUGCCAGGGGUAAAUCAUGCGAUGAUUACUGUUUAUAUUGACUGCGAGCAGUGCGAAGAACCUGAGGCCCUUUGUAAACUCUACAAUCUCAAGUUUGUUAGGCAUAACACCAACUGUGGCAGAGUCUGUCGGAUUAGCAACCAUUACAGAAAAACGAUCAAAGAAACCUUUGAUAUGCAUCCGGGUGCAAAGGCCAUGAUUAUUCUUGAAGAAGACCUUGAUGUUUCAAACGAUUUAAUGGACUAUUUUAGUCAGACAUACCCCCUUUUGAUAUCAGAUCCAAGUUUGUUUUGUGUUUCUGCUUGGAAUGAUCAAGGGUAUUCACACGUGGUACAAGACCCAGCGCAGCUUUACAGAAUAAAUGGUAUGCCUGGCCUUGGUUGGAUACUAAAGCGGGAUAUAUUUAAAAAUGAGCUGGAGUCGAAAUGGCCUAAGCCUGGUGACUUUCUUGGCGAUGCUGACUGGGAUAUGUGGCUCAGACUUGACGAUAAUCUUAAGGGCAGAGAUUGUAUAGUGCCAGAAAUAUCAAGGACGUACCACUUCGGUGCAAAAGGAGUGAAUAUGAAUGAAUUCUUCCACGAAAGGCUUUUUGCCAACAAACCCCUCAACAAAAUUUCGGGCAUCAAAUUUAACAUCGAGAGACUCAAGAAGCUGUCGUAUGAUAAAGAGAUUCAUGAAAUGAUCAGAAACUCGAUUGUUUUGGAUCAUUCCAAAAACCAGUGCACCCAUAAAAGGCAGUUUAUUCCAGACACAAAAGGUAAAUCAUACGUUGCCUAUAUCAAAAUGGAGAAGUCUGCUGAAGACGAGGAAAAUCUUAUGAAAAUUUUGGAAAAACCCAAACAGUAUGAAACAUGGAUUAGCAUGGCGACUUGUUUCAACCUGUGGAAUUUAUCACCUAGAGGCUUCUAUCAAGGAACCAUUAGAUUUCGGUACAAAGAAAAUAAUGUUUUUAUAGUUGGUUUCCCUUUUUCGCCGUUUGCCAUCCACAAACCGAUUCAUAUCAAGCCGAUAUUUAUAGCAAAGAAGCCAAAAAACUAAACAUUCUCAUUUGCAUUGCCACACCUGUGUACACUUUUCAAAGACACUAUGUACUAUGCACUUAUUUUUCCUUAAAUGUGAAAUCAUAACAUGUUACUAAGUUUGUGGUUGUCUCUGGCUUUGGAAGUAUUACCAUUCAUUUUGUUUUUAAUCCAAGUAAAAGGUUUCUAGGCCUUUUCAUUUUUAACACUGCUACUUCGAAACUUCCAAACGUGCCUUUUAUCGAAAGGCAGUGCUACCAAAAACUGCCAUUGUGAGCUCUCAUUCAUUAUCAUAGCUAUGUCUUAAUGGACAGACGACCUUUAUAGUAUCCGCGUUUAUUAAGCUCUGUUCCCUGAAAUCGAUGAACAAUAGCGAUUUUCCUUGCGAGGGACAGAGGCUAUUAUUAGCCAUUUAAACAAUCUCGUUGGAGUUUCCGCAGCUUUUUGCCCAUCAACUACUUGCCUGAAGUCCGUACCUCCCUGUACAGCACAGAUGAAGCCAUGGUAGUUGAACGUGACCACCUCAUUGAACGUGACCAAUGAGAAGUGUUUCUGUAUUGUUGCAAAAGUGGCGGGCCCAGUGCAUUUGAAUGCAAGGGUUGCUGAGGGUUGCAAGUCGAUCAAAAAAGGCCCUGACCGUCGCAAGCCAAUUAAAGGCACCCUGACAGUUGCGAGCUAAUUGAACCAAGGAUACCAUAGGGUGCUAAGGAAUAAGUGGCGGAGCCAUGGGGGGAAUGGGGACUAGUCCUUGAGAUUCUUGCAAAUCUGAUGAGAAAACUUCGGGGGGGGGGAUGUACGUUAUCUAGAUCUUCACAUUUAGAUGACAUUUCUUGGGAGACAAGAGAUGUUUCCUCCAGAAGAAAAUGUUUCAAACAGGGAAAAAAGGGCGUUAUCCCUGACACACCUUAUGUCCUCCCCCCCUCUC